CCAAUGUGGAGGCGGAGGGAGGAGGGCCCAAAGACAUGUCCCUUCACGUUCGCAACAGCUGAAAACGGAGAAGGAAACUCGCUAGAGCAUUUUUUACCAGCGCAGGAGGCUUCGCCGUCCCACUUUCACCCCAGAAGCCCUCCCGUACUCCAGUACUCUGGGGGGGUGGCAGUCCCGCACCCGCCGGGUGAUGAACAUCGCAAGGAGAAGAGGCUUUUACAGACAGGAGGUGAACAAAACCCUCUGGGAGCUGCCCAGGAGAUACACGUCCCUUCACCCGGUGGGGUCCGGAGCCUACGGCUCGGGGUGUUCAGCCAUAGACAAGAAGACAGGGGAGAAAGUGGCUAUCAAGAAGCUCUGCCGCCCGUUCCAGUCGGAGAUCUUUGCCAAGAGAGCGUACAGAGAGCUCAUGCUGUUGAAGCACAUGCAGCAUGAGAACGUCAUCGGGCUGCUUGAUGUCUUCACCUCUGCCACCUCCUACCAGGGAUUCCAGGACUUCUACCUGGUGAUGCCAUACAUGCGGACAGAUUUACAAAAGAUCAUGGGACAUGAAUUCAGUGAUGAAAAGAUCCAGUACCUGGUCUACCAGAUGCUGAAAGGGCUGAAGUAUAUUCAUUCAGCCGGAAUCAUCCACAGGGACCUGAAGCCAGGCAACCUGGCUGUGAACGAGGACUGUCAGCUGAAGAUCUUGGAUUUUGGCUUGGCCAGACACGCUGAUGCCGAAAUGACCGGCUACGUGGUUACGCGCUGGUACAGAGCGCCAGAAGUCAUUCUGAACUGGAUGCAUUACAACCAGACAGUGGAUAUCUGGUCUAUUGGCUGCAUCAUGGCAGAAAUGCUGACUGGGAAAACGCUGUUUAAAGGAAAAGACUACCUCGAUCAACUGACUCAGAUCCUGAAAGUAACGGGGCACCCAGGAGAAGACUUCGUGGAGAAGCUGGAGGACAAAGCGGCUAAGAGUUACAUCAAGUCACUUCCUAAAAUCCCCAAGAAGGAUUUGUCUGUGCUUUUCCCCAAAGCCAACCCGCAGGCAGUGGACCUGCUUGACAAGAUGCUGCAGCUGGAUGUGGAAAAGCGCCUUACAGCGACGGAGGCGUUGGCUCACCCCUAUUUUGACCAGUUCCGAGACGUCGAGGAGGAGACAGAAGCGCAACAGUCCUACGAUGAUUCUCUGGAACAUGAAAAGCUUUCGAUAGAUGAGUGGAGAAAGCAUAUUUACAAGGAGAUCUUGUCCUUCAGCCCCAUUGCACGGAAGGACUCAAAGAAGCGAAGUGGGAUGUCAUUGUAGCGGCGGGCACGGCUGUAGCUGGGAUUCACUUCUCCGGGAUGACGGGUCGGAUUUACUCCACGCUGCCGUGCUGGUGGCCGUCGUUUGGCCUGAGGGACUUCUCUGUGUGCAAACACAAGGAUGGCACCGUGCUGUGGGCAUUGGACUUUGUUCUGCUAAAGGGGGAAGCGCCCCAAACAGUUUUUGACACAAGAUAAAUGUAUUCUCAUUGAAACU